AUGAGAGGACGUCCGGUUGAGCUUGUGGACGGAGUGAGCGCUGUACCCUGCGAGUGUACGUACCGAACACCGACCAAACGUCGGGGACGGCAGCAGGUCAUCCUUGAUCGGCUGCGGUCGGAGCAAUCUGACAGUGGACUUUCGUCCAUGGUAUCAACAUCGACAGCCCUACGGAGCUCACCUCGACCAUCCUCGCACGCAAACCCUGUUCACGGGGUCGGCGACGAUGCUGGGCGACAACUUGAACUAGAGGAACACGCUGUGCACAAUCUGGGGGACGGUGCCUUUCCUGAGCACCACUUGCCCGUCCCGGAUGGCCCACAGCAUUCACAGGAACCGCACCUCAUCGAUUGCGAGGGCUACGAUACACACGUUGGCCUGCUUCCUCAGCAUUCAUCCAACCCACCAGAACCUCUUGUACCGAUCACCUAUAUUGCCCAGCGUCCGUCUCCAUCUGUCAGCCUGCAGUCGCCUUCAGCUUUCCUAGCAGACGCUGCUCCCUUGCAGUCGACCCGUAUUGCAGACAUCCUUCCCCGAAAUACUGCGCUCAGCAUUCUCAAACUCUUCUUCGACCAUGUCUACUGCAUUAUUCCCGUGGUCCAUUACCCAACAUUCAUGGAUGCCGUCGAUGCCCGCGAAGACGAGAGGAACCCAAUGUUCUUUGUCCUCACUUUGCAGAAGAACGGCGACGGUGUCCUGACUGGUGCGGCAAUGGGAACCGCCCUCCAGCUAGCCAUCGACAUGCGGCUAUUCGAUGAGGAAACGUACGCCGGACUAUCACCGAUCGAUGCUGAACGCGGGCGUCGUGUCUGGUUUCUCAUUCACAAUGCUGAUAAGGUUGAGGCCAUCUCGAAUAACAGGCCCAUUCUCCUCCGGUCCGACGAGUUUCGUGGGCCUGGCUCUGCAGAGUUGCCCCGAGAGCUACACGAUUCCAGCAUUACGGCGGACGGCUACCUGCCAAGAGGUACCAGCACGCCGCUCAUUGCCGGAUUCAAUGUCCUCACGCGCAUUGUAACUGUUCUCGGGGACAUCCUUGUAAAGGAACGAGACGUCAUUCGCCGUCCGCCUGCCGACUCUGAGACAUUAUUUCGGGAGCUCCGCAACGUACGCGAUCUGCGCCAAUGUCUGGUUGCCGUAGUCACAGCAACACCGGCACCAUUUGCACUUGAGCUGUCGGCCUCAUCUCCAGCCUUUCCUGUACCGGGAUGGGAAACGGCGCUACUCGCGCAAGUCGACGAGUUCUUUGACAAUCCAGGUGACUCACCACAGGACGGGUAUCUUGUCCUCAAAGCCAACGUGCAGGUGACAUUGGCCAUGACCAGGUUGAGACUCAUACUUCUGCGCGAACGUCUGCUCCAAUCGGCGGGAGCUCCAGGCACACCACCGAGAAAUGCUGCUGAAUUGGUGGCAGUAGAUUUGGGCGAGAACAACGACUGGCGACAGAUGGUGUACCAAACUCUGCUCCAGACGGUACACGGCCUUCCAAUCCAGGCUCUAGCGGCCAACGGUCCCUCCCUGGUGGCCAAAAUCCGCGUAGUGGCCGUUACACUUCUUGAGGGCUUGCCAGGCGAUACAGAAGGCAACAGUGAGAUUGCCCAGUACCUCAUUGCUUUCUUGUCGAUCAUGUCAAGUAUCGAAGAGCAGUUUGCCGAGUAG